GCCCGGCAGCAGGAGCGGCUCUGCGGCACCCCGGGCGUGCCCUAGGCGAGCCCGCCCCGCGGUAUUUGGGGUGUGUGUUUCGAUGCUUGGUGUUUUGCUUCGGUUUGUUUCCUCUAUGUAGGAAUGCUUUCCGGAUGUGGCAAUGGGACAGCUGGCAGCUGGUUGGAAAAUAACCUGCUGAGGUGCUGCCAGGGAACAGCUCUGCCGUGCAAGAAUUUCCCCUGCGGCGCUUCCUGCCCGCUCCCGGCUGUUGGCGGCAGUUUGGCUGUGCCAGCCCCGGGCCAGCGGCUGCUGCUGCUGGGGAAGCCUGUCCCACCUUAGGGAACGGCACCACACAGGUCCCUGCACGGGGUCGCAGCGUGGCGCCCAAAGAUGCCGAAGUCUGUAGGUUUUCACUCCGAAGCAUUCCGUGAACGGGGACCUGCACGAAGGAGAAGGAGGAGGCGCAUGCAAAAGAUUCAGCUGAGUUCGGUUUUCCCAGCUUCUCUGUUACCUUCUGGAGCGUGUCUUGCAGUUACCUCUGAGCACAGCAGCCGCAGGACAGGGAUUGAAUUAUCCAUCAGCAAGUGCUCCUAAUAAAGCCAAAGUCAAUAACUCCACUGUAACUCCACUAUUUUGAGACUCUAUAUAAUUAUGGAUUAUUUGAAACUCCAAAGAAUUUACACAGAAGAGUGACUUAAAAAUAGGAUGCAUUCUACUUAGGAAGAUGGCAUUUGUUUCAAACAGCCCUACAUUGCAAACAGUGAGCAUUGGAUCCUAGGUGUACUUUUGGAAAAAGGCUCACUAGAGGCUGGAAAUCCCUCUCAGCCGAAGCUGAGAACCAGGAAGAGAACAGUCAUUGGAAACUUGAGUAGGAGACAAGCUGAAACAUAAGAGAGUGCACAUCCUAGAAGUGAUAAUCAUCUAUUGAAGAUUGUGUCAAAAUGGAUCGUGAGUAUAUGGGGAAGGUCAACUCUUACGGUCAAAAAAAGAAAUAUACAGUGGUUUAUGACCCCGUCGCCAAAACGGGCCCACCUCAUGAUCCUGAGUUCACAGUUGUUGUGAUAAUAAAAGGUGAGAAAUAUGGUAGUGGCACUGGUAAAAGUAUAAAAGCAGCAAAAGAAGUAGCAGCAAAAAAAGCAUGGGAAAGGAUUGAGGAAGAGGAGAAGAGUUCAUCAAAUAUGGCAGCUGCAGAUUUAACAACAGGUCAAACAACCUCAACAACCUCAUCACCUGCACCAGACAAGAAUUAUGUCUGCCUGUUAAAUAGUAUUUCACAAAGGACGGGUUACACAGUUAGUUAUACUACCCAAAAUCGUACUGGAGAUGCCCAUGCUCCCACGUAUUCUGUUAGCUGUACAAUUAGAGGUCAAUUGUAUGGAAAGGGCACUGGACCUUCCAAAGCUGCUGCAAAAAAAGCUGCUGCAAAGGAAGCAUAUGAGAAGUGGGAACUUGAAAGAGCUAAUAACAGCAAUUCCUCUCAAGUGUCAGCUGAGUCUGACUCAGAUAAAAUCACCAUUUGCUUUGCUGACUCAUCUGCAAAGUUGGAAGAAAAAAUGAAGGACAUGACAAUAUGUGAAAAGCCUUCACCUUCUCAGAGAAAUGCACAAAGGUCUGUCUUGGAGACCAAAAGAAAAUUGGCAGCUAAUUUUGCUAAUGUAAGAACCAAGGAAGAGGAAAAAAAUAUGUCAGAUUCCAGUGAAGGUUUGCCAGAUGUGGACACAAAUACUGGAAAAGAGAAUGGGAGUCCACACACUGUCAAUAAAACAUUUCUUCAACUUUUUGAAAAUAUACAGCAUAUUGGUGCAGGUGGUUUUGGGAAUGUUUUCAAGGCAACAUCGAAGUGUGAUAAGACAACUUAUGCAAUCAAACGAGUUGAAUUCACAGAGAAAGUGGAGCGUGAAGCACGAGGACUGGCAAGACUUUCACAUGAGAACAUAGUGCGCUAUCAUUGCAGCUGGAGUGGGUACGACCGUAUCGAGGGCUCAGGCUCAAGAUGGUAUUCAGACCCAGAAAUUCUCUGUCUUUUCAUCCAAAUGGAAUUCUGUGAACAAGGGACAUUGCAAGACUGGGUUAUAAAAAAUAGUGAAGACCGAAAGUAUCAUGAAAUGGCACAAGACAAAUUUUUACAAAUAGCGAAAGGAGUGCAGUGUAUUCAUUCUAAAGAGUUAAUUCAUCGAGACCUCAAGCCUCAGAAUGUAUUCAUAUCACAUGAUAAUAAAAUAAAAAUAGGCGACUUUGGUCUUGUGACUUCUGUGGCAUUUGAGACUCUGACUGAGAACAGAGGAACAAGAUCGUAUAUGGCACCAGAACAGAUUGGGACCAAAUAUGGAAAGGAAGUAGAUAUUUAUGCUUUGGGAUUAAUUUGGUUUGAAAUUCUUUCAGCAAUCACUGCUCAUGAAAAAAGUGAGAUAUGGUCUUCUAUUAGAGCAGGUGAACUUCCAGAGUACUUCAAAAAUCAAUUUCCAGCAGAGGCAUCCAUAAUCAAAAAGAUGCUUUCAACAGACCCUUCUGGAAGAAUCACUAUAUCUCAUCUACUUGACCUUCUUAAUUAUGUUGAUAAAGAGAAGGCACUUAGAAAUUAUUCUUAUUGAAUGUCCCUUCACACUG